CCAUAACUCAAAUUGUUUCAUUUGGAUUGAAUUAUAUUAGCAUAUACAUAUAUGUAUUUAUUACAGGGUUAUUUGUUAAUCUCUGGACAAUUUUCUCUUCUUUCACAGGGGAUUGAAUCAAAUCAAUCUCAAGCUAUUUAUGAAGCAUGUGUUGUAAACAAUUUCACAUCAUCCGAACACAGCCAUCUGGUAAUAGGACAUUAAAACAAUAAAAGGGGUAUGAUAAGUGAAGAAUAAAAACAGAUCGCUGGUAGGAUUCAGUGUGGCUGCAGUGGCACUUUGGUUUAAAAAGGUCUGUGGACAGAAGAACUCAAAAUAGAACCAGGGAGUGGCACGAGGUUUGGAGCUGUCGAGGAUCAGUAUGUAUGAGGGUUUGAUUUUGAACUCGUGAAACGUCUCUUUUAGGAUAAGUGUCCUCAGUGUCCAGAGUGACACCACCACUUCCACACGUCUGCAUUGUGCAGAACGGACACGGUGGAACCAAAAAUCCUUUUUAUUUAUGACUGGAAUGCCGAUGAGGGACCGGCAUCUAUUUCAGGGAGUCUGUGAAAAACUAAAUUAUUUCAGAUGUGAUGGCAAAACACUUACUAAAUGGCUAGUUCAAAAUACCAGAGUUAAUAUUAUCCUCAACAUAGAACCAUUUGUUAGUUGGACGGAACUGCGGUGAUACACCAGGACACUUUUAUUAUUUUACUAAUUUCAUACUGCAUGUGUCAUAUGUCCAUUUCUUCACUAAAUUAAAUAUUACUGAAUUACAAACUUUUAGACGGGAAUUAAGACACUGGUGCACUAUACGCACUACAUUACCCUAGAUGCAUUGCGAGACUAAUUUACUACGGCAAGCGGUUGAAAUAAAUUAAAGCGUUCGCUCUUUAGUUGCGGCCAUGGCGCGAGUGAAACACUUGGAAAAGUUUAGGAAAAGCGUCAGCUUGUCAAAAGCAAUUACGAAAUACAACCUUUAACGUCGCCAAGUUGAGUGAACGUAACGUAAUACCCUCCUGAACGCCAAAACUAGCUCACGUUAUGACGUCAUUUCAACGUUAGCCGCAAAGCUACAAACAUCCUUAGCUAGCAAAGUUAGCAUCUUGUCAAGCUAGCUAACUUUAGCCAAUCCACUUCCUUCUUACUCGUUAAGCGCAAAUAUUUAAAAGUUACUCGUGUGCGAGCGGUUGAAAAUGCAACAUGGUGGUUUUGAGGGAGGGAAUGUGCCCUGGACUGGAUGAGGGUUUAGUCGGUGACCUGCGCGCCGCUGGUAUUAAAACAGUGGAGGACGUGGUGUCCUCUGACAUCGAGGAGCUCGCUCAGAGAUGCAAUGCGUCAUAUAAGGCUCUGUUUGCCAUCCGCCGGGUGCUGCUCGCCCAGCACGCGGCGUUCCCCGUGUCGGGCGCCGAUUUGUACGAAGAACUCCUGAGCUCUACGGCCAUCGUCUCCACCGGACACCCCGGCUUGGAUAAACUUCUGGAUUCGGGCUUGUACACCGGAGAGAUAACGGAGCUGUGUGGAGGCCCGGCAAGCGGCAAGUCUCAGGUGUGUUUCGCCGUGGCCGUGCACGUUUCCUGCCGACUCAAACAGGGCGUCGUCUUCAUCGACACGACCGGCGGGCUCAGCGCCGGCCGCCUGCUGCAGAUGCUGCGAGCCGAGACGAGCGGCGCGGAGGAGCAGAUGGAGGCUCUUCAGAGGAUCCGCGUCUUCCGCCUGUUCAGCGUCUUCCGCCUGCUGGACUGUCUGUGCGGGCUCCGCGGCGGCGGCCUUCAGCAGGCGGCGGUGGGCGGGGGCUCCGUCAAGGCGCUGAUCGUGGACUCGGUGUCGGCGGUCAUGGCUCCCCUGCUGGGAGGCAGACAGAAUGAAGGCAUGUCCUUGAUGAUGCAAGCGGCGGGACUUCUUAAGACGAUGGCCAAGGACUUCAACGUGGCGGCGUUGGUCACAAACCACGUCAGCAGGGGCCUCGGGGGGGGGGAGCUGCAGCCGGGCCUCGGGGCCUCCUGGGGCCCCGUCCCCAGAACCAGGGUCCUACUGGAGCGAGUGGACGGCGGCGUCGGCCACACGAGCGUCCGCGCCGCCACGCUGAUCAAGUCGUCCAGACGGGUACGUCGUUGUGCGUCGUUGUGCAACACGAGGACGCCUCAAAGGAUGCGUUUAGAAACACGAGUGUCCUCCGCCUCGCAGCCGUGUCACAUCAGGGAGGAGCUGGACCUGCGCUGGUGGAGUCGCUCUGAAGGAAGACCCUCAGGGAAGAGAACGCUGGAUGAGACCGACUCCUGAUGAGCAUCUCUGACCAGAAGGUCCGUGGAGGUUCCCCCCCCCCC